CCGCUGAUCUGACAAAUGGGUCAAAGUAACAACGAGCCAGACGGGAACAGAUCGAGAGCAGCAGCAGCAGGCAGCAUGGUCGAACCAGCCGACAGACCAUCCACGGCCGGACAUAGGCUGGGCGCUCCCGAAAGUUUUGGGGUGUCCACCCUGGAGCCUGGUCUGAGUCCACCUGGACAGGCACCAGGAAGAAAAGUCUCUAUCAGGGUGCAGAUGUUGGAUGACACACAGGAAGUCUUCCAGAUAUCACAACGCUCCUCCGGCAAAGUGCUUUUUGACCUAAUCUGUGUCCAUCUCAACCUGGCGGAGGGAGACUAUUUUGGCCUGGAGUACCAGGACCAACGCAAGAUGACUGUGUGGCUGGACUUGCUGAAGCCAACGAUGAAGCAGAUCCGACGGCCAAAGAACACCAUUCUUCGUUUUGUGGUCAAAUUCUUCCCUCCUGACCACACACAGAUCAUGGAGGAGCUGACUCAGUACCUGUUUGCUUUGCAGAUCAAGCGUGACCUGGCCUGCGGUAAUCUCAUCUGUAAUGACUCGAGCGCCGCCCUGAUGGUCUCCCACAUUAUCCAGUCGGAGAUAGGAGACUUCGACGAGACCCAAAGCUGGCAGCAUCUCCUCCACAAUAAAUACCUGCCAGACCAAGACGCCAUCCGGGACAAGAUCACCGACUGCCACCGCAAACAUGUCGGACAGACCCCCGCAGAGUCAGACUACCAGUUGCUGGAAAUCGCCCGGCGACUUGAAAUGUAUGGCGUCCGUCUGCACCCGGCCAAGGACCGUGAGGGCACCAAACUCAGCUUGGCUGUUGCCCACACUGGGGUGCUAGUGUUCCAGGGCUACACCAAAAUAAAUGCCUUCAAUUGGUCCAAGAUUCGCAAACUCAGCUUCAAACGCAAACGCUUUCUUAUCAAGCUGAGGGCUGACCCCGCUCAAAGCGGUCACCAUGACACGCUGGAGUUUGCAAUGGCCAGCAGGGACUGCUGCAAAAUCUUCUGGAAGAUCUGUGUGGAGUAUCACGCCUUCUUUAGACUCUUCGAGGAGCCCAAGCCCAAACCCAAGCCCAUCCUCUUCACCAGAGGAUCCUCUUUUCGAUUCAGCGGUCGGACUCAGAAGCAGAUCAUUGAUUAUGUGAAGGAUUCCGAGCCGAAAAAAGUUCCGUUUGAAAGGAAGCACAGUAAGAUUCUGUCCAGUAGCAACAUGCCCCAUCAGUCCUCUUCCUUCCGAUCGCAAGUGCCAAAGGAGACUGCCGCAUCAGUGCCAAUGGAAGAUCUGCCAGACUCGGCCCGACAAGUGGACAAGGAUGCACAGGAACUGCCAGGGACCACGUCUGCCACCAACGGCUUUGCUGAUAACAGCGCAGAUACCAGGCACAAUCACCAAGGCACAGGCUUGCCGCCGGAUAAGCGUCUCCUCAAUCCAGGAGGUCCUGCUUCGGAGGCGUCCCCGCUGAAAACAAACGGCAUUUUGAACAGAGAGGUUCCUAUCGGUGUGGUGCCCCCGAGUCAGCUGUCACCGCUUUCCAGCCCCCUCCUCGGUGACGCCGGAUACAUUCGGAACGAGGAUGAGGAUGAAGCCAGAAGGAAGAAGUUUCCCACAGACAAGGCGUAUUUCAUCGCAAAGGAACUGUUGACCACCGAGCGGACCUACCUCAAGGAACUGCAGGUCAUCACUGAGUCUUUCCAACAUAUUGCGGAGAAAGAUGAAGAAGCAUUUCCAGUUGCUGUUCGCAACCUGAUAUCAGGCAACUAUGAUCCAAUCUACAAAUUCCACCAAGGGUUCCUCAAGGAGGUGGAGCAGAGACUGGCACAAUGGGAGGGUCGAUCCAAUGCACACAUCAAGGGAGACUAUCAACGAAUCGGUGAUGUUCUGUUGAAGAACAUUCAGAGUCUGAGGCAGCUGACGACUCAUCUGCAGAAACAUUCUGAGUGCCUGGUUGAGCUGGAACGAUCCUGUCGGUCCAGUCGCAAGGCGGAGGCUCUGUGUGGAGAACUGGAGCAGCAGAAGGUGUGCUACCUCCCCUUGAACGUCUUCCUCCUGCGGCCGCUCCACCGCCUGCUUCACUACAAGCUCAUCCUAGAGAGACUCUGCAAGCACUACCCGCCUACUCAUGAAGACUUUAGAGACUGCAGAGCGGCCCUGGCGGACAUCACAGAGAUGGUGCUGCAGCUGCAAGGCACCAUGAUGAAAAUGGAGAAUUUUCAAAAGCUUCUUGAGCUGAAGAAAGAUCUGACUGGCAUUGAAAAUCUGGCCAUCCCCGGCAGGGAGUUCAUUAGACUUGGAUGCCUCAGUAAACUUUCUGGGAAAGGCCUGCAGCACAGAAUGUUCUUCCUGUUCAGCGAUUCCUUAGUGUAUACUAGUCGGGGAAUGACUUCAUCCAACCAAUUCAAAGUCCAUGGCCAGCUACCCCUCUUUGGCAUGACGAUUACUGAGAGUGAAGAGGAGUGGGGCGUCCCUCAUGCUUUUACCCUCUAUGGACAACGGCAGUCGGUGGUGGUGGCAGCCAGCUGCGCUGCCGAGAUGGAACGGUGGCUGGAGGACAUCAGGAUGGCCAUUGACCUGGCUGAGCAGACCAAUGGCCCUCACAUGGAUCUCCUCUCCACCAGCCCUUGUGAUAAUAAGCUGCCGGAGGAAGGUGGGGCCGAGCACGAGUCCGAGGAGGAGCUCUGUGGUUCACGUUCAUCUCUAGAGCGCCAAGCUCAGCGCGGUAACACCACCGUGCAUGUGUGCUGGCAUCGCAACACCAGCGUGUCCAUGGUGGACUUCAGUAUUGCUGUGGAGAACCAGCUCUCGGGGAACCUCCUGAGAAAGUUCAAGAACAGUAAUGGUUGGCAGAAACUCUGGGUGGUCUUCACCAACUUCAGCCUCUUUUUCUACAAGUCACACCAGGAUGACUACCCUCUGGCCAGCCUUCCUUUGCUAGGCUACUCUGUCACCGUUCCAUCCGAGUCGGAGAACAUCCACAAGGACUAUGUCUUCAAACUUCACUUCAAGUCCCACGUCUACUAUUUCAGAUCGGAGAGCGAGUACACAUUUGAACGGUGGAUGGAGGUGAUCCGCAGUGCCACAUGCUCCACAAGCCGCUCCCUGCCAAGCAACAGGAAAGAUCUUUAUUGAUACCCCACGGGGGAAGAUCUGGAUUGUCAGCUGCUUUCAAGCCAAAAAGACACACCGAAUCAUGCCACUUUGCACUAAUUAAUAUCCGCAAAUAAAUCAUCUUUUCACUUUCACCUUCAACACACACUUGGGAGGUUCUUCACUGCCACCACUCACUUUCCACACAGCUUGUUUGUAUUCAUGAUGCCAUUUUUUCCUCCUCCUGGCAAGCCAUGCACAUUCUUAUCACAAAGCCGGCCUAACAUUUACCACAAGUGUUUGCAUUGUGUUGGUCUAAAAUCAUUUCACGCACAGGUUAGAGAUGAUAAUUUAUAUACCUGUAAAUCAGGGGUCACCAACACGGUUGCCCGUGAGGACCGUGUGAGUCGCCCGCAGGGCUGUUCUAAAAUUAGCUCAAAUAGCGGCACUUAUCAGUGAGCUGCAUCUAUUUAUUUUAUUUGAGCUAUUCUUGUUUAAAUCAUACUUGCAUGUGAACUGGAAAUGACAAUAACACUUUGUGUGUCUUGACACGUGAAGAAAUUGACAAUAAAGCAGACUUUGACUUUAAUAGUUAAAGCUAAAUUAAGCAAAUUUGCUAUUUCAGAAGUGUGUGUCAGUAAGUAGCCCUGGGCUUAAGAAAGUUUGGUGACCCCUGCUGUAAAUGGAUUUAUUUUCAAUGACAAUUUAAAUACAUUACUGCAGUGCCACUUUCAAAGAGAACACAUCUUUUAUUGUUUUUGUUUCGCAGCAGAUUUUUGUACAGUUCUUUGAUACACUGUGAAACGAUCUGCUUUGCGUGAUUUUUUUUUUCAAUUCAUUACUUUGCCACAUUUUUGUGCCUCACUUAUACAGACAAUCUUCAGAAGGAGUUUUCUUAUACAACCCUGACAUUUUUCUAUUCUAAAUAAAGACAACAAUCUGUUUGUA